AUGUUCAUGCGGAUAUUUUCCAUUUCUCCCUCCCCUUCCGUUCCACUUUAUUUGGGGUCAUCUGUCCGCUCGUUCACGAGCGGCAUGAAUGGUGGUGGUGGUGGCGACGCGGGUGGCGUCGACGGGAGCGUGGACGAGGAUGUGUUCCGCUUUAAGGUGGCGGCGUUUUUCACGGUCAUCGUGGUGUCGCUUGUGGGGGGAUUCCUACCGCUGCGAAUCAACAUGGGGAAUGACCAGACGCGGAAAGGUAUCAUAGACCACAUGCGCUUCCUAACCGCCGGCGUCUUUCUCGGCGUGGGCCUGCUGCACAUGCUCCCAGACGCCGUAGAAGGCUUCCAAGCCCUAGACUGGUCGCUGCCCUCAGCCUUCAAUAUAGUCACAUACGCCUGGCGAGAUCACCUUCGCCACAGUCCCAGCAACCAGCCACUCCUAUCCUCCGGGGAUCCCGCUGCAGCAGACGACAACGAUCCGUUUCCUAUACCGUACCUCCUGUGCGCGUUGGGGUUCAUUCUAGUGUGGUACGCGGAGCAGCGCUUCUCUUCCGCCGCGGCCCCCUCCCCCUCCCCCCAGGAGAUCCAGAAAAUGAUGGCGGUGGCAGCAGGGGCGGAGUCACUCGGGGGAGGUAGUAUCUGCUACGUGCAGGUGCAACCAGUGGCGUCAUACGGGCCUGUACAGUGCCCGUCGCCCACGAGAAUCCGCUCUGCUGCUGCUCUGGCGGGCCUUCCGCAGUCUGCCAUGCAAGCAGCGAUGUAUGGACCUGCGUCUGUGUCCUCGUCCUCCCCGCUCGGUCCCUCGGGAUUGUCGUCAUCGUUUGCUGGCGGUUCAGCUGCUGGUUCUGUGUCUCCGUACGCGUCUCCUUCUCCCAGUCGGUUCGUUCUGCCGCCUUCUGCUUCCCCUGCUGCUGCGCCUGGCGCUCUAGGGCCUGUCUCCGCGCAUGCACCCUCGCAUGGGCCCUCUCAUCAUGGGGCGCAGCACCCGCAGGUGCAUGCGCAUGAGGAGCCUGGCGACUGCUGCCACUCCCAAGGCCAUGGGGAUAGCGUGUGCCAUCAUACCGACCAGCAGCAGCAGGGGCGGGAGAAGCAGAAGAGGAAGAUUCACGAGCAUGCGCAAGAUCACAGCCACAAGCACGGCAGCAGUAAUAGUCACGGCCAUGCCCAGGGGCCGCACGCCCGUUCCGCCCACCACCACGCGCACGAGUGGCAAGACGAGGUGGGCGUGCGGUGGAGAGGGGUGCAGGGCGGCACAGAGGACGACGCCUGUGCGGGUCUGCACCGCCACACGCACACCACGCACCACCACCACAUAGUGCUCCCCUCCAGGGGCGGGCUCUCGUACCUGCUCACUGCGCUGCUCUCCAUGCACUCGUUUGUCGUGGGUGCGGCGCUGGGCACGUCGGGGACGCUGCAGGGGACGGUGGGGCUCAUCAUUGCGCUUAUUGCUCACAAGUGGGCCGAGGCCUUUGCAGUUGGCGUGCAGUUUGUGAGGGAGAGUGUGCCAGUGCCCAAGAUGGCAGCCAUUCUGCUGCUCUACUGCGCCAUGACACCCACUGGCAUCGUCGUAGGCAUGCUUGCCAACUCGCUUGCGGGUCCCCGAGCCAUGCUCGUUGCCGUUGUCACACAAGCGUUCGGUGCAGGCACGGUUCUUUACAUUGCGAUGUUGGAGCUUGUGGAGAAGCAUUCAGGCGCCCAGGGUCGGGGCUUCCUCAUCCAGUCUAGCCAGAUGCUGCGUGUGUCCGCUCCUCCCUCGCGCUCUCUCCUCGCCCCGGAGUCGCUAACUACAGCAGCGAAGCUCACCGUCGUCGCGUCGCGAUCUCUCUCCGCCUGGCAGCCCCACAGCGCAGCAGCAGCAGCACAGGAGCCUCCUAGGCGUCAUCUGCGCAGGAGCACCGGAGCUCCUUAUUUUACUCGUUUACCAGAUCGAUCGUCCGGUGCCGCAGCGACCGCGUCGCUUCGUCUAGCUCUCACCGGUUCCUCCGCCACUCCGUCCCACGCUAAGUCUUCCUCCCUGUCCUCCUCUUGCUCCUACGCGCCUCGCUUCGCCUGUACUUCCGCGGUUGUUUCUCGCGCUCGUUCCGCUCCCCACUCCACCGCUCCCCUCGCAUCCACCAGCGCCAGUACCGCGCCCGCCAUGGCUACCAAGUCCGCAAGAGCCGCGGAAGCGCUGCAACGCGUUAAGGACGCUGGCCUGUUCCGCGACCAGUGUCUUAUCGGGGACAGCUGGGUUGGACCUCGUGACGCCGGCCCUACUAUGGACGUAGUUAAUCCCGCCACGGGGGACCUUAUAACGCGUAUCCCAAAUCACGGGUACGACGAGACGCGCCAGGCCAUCGCCGCCGCGUCCGCUGCCUUUCCUGAUUGGUCGUCGCGCAGCGCGAAGGAGCGCGCCGCGGUGUUGCGCAAGUGGUACGAUCUGAUCGUUGCGAAUCGCGAGGAGCUCGCGCUAUUGAUGACGCUGGAGCAGGGCAAGCCGUUGGCCGAGGCGCGCGGCGAGGUCGACUACUCCGCGGGAUACGUGCAGCUCUACGCGGAAGAGGCGACGCGGACGUACGGCGAUAUCAUUCCCGCGCCGCUGGCGGACAGGCGGAUUCUGGUCCAGAAGCAGCCGGUGGGGGUAGUCGCAGUAAUUACCCCGUGGAACUUCCCCCUCGCGAUGAUUGCGCGCAAGGUCGCGCCUGCUUUAGCGGCGGGUUGCACGGUUGUCGCCAAGCCGUCGGAACUCACCCCGCUCUCCGCGUUCGCGCUCGCGGAGCUGGCGCUUAAGGCGGGCGUGCCGCACGGGGUGAUUAACAUCGUCGUAGGCGACGCGCCGCCAAUCGGACAGGCAAUCAUGGAGAGUUCCGCGGUCCGAAAGCUGAGCUUCACUGGGUCUACUGCCGUGGGGCGGCGCCUCAUGGCGGGCGCGGCGGCGACGGUGAAGCGGGUGUCUUUAGAGCUCGGGGGCAAUGCGCCGUUCAUAGUCUUCGACGAUGCUGACGUGGCGGUCGCCGUGAAAGGGCUGCUCGCGGCCAAGUUCCGGAACGCGGGGCAGACGUGCGUGUGCGCGAAUCGCGUUCUGGUCCAGGAAGGAAUCUACGACGAAUUCGUCGCCGCGGUCAAAACAGCCAUGGAGCAGCAGCUAACUGUAGGAUUCGGGCUCGAGGACGGGGUGACUCAGGGGCCGUUGAUCAACCAAGCAGCUGUGGAGAAGGUUCAGAGCCAUGUAGACGACGCGGUGAGCAGAGGAGGCAAGGUGCUGCUAGGAGGCUCCAUAGCCCACCCGUCCUUCCUCUCCGCCCCGGCCGGCGAGCUCCCAGAAAAACUCCCUGGGUGCUUCUUCCAGCCGACACUCGUGGUAGAUGUGCCUUCGGACUGCCUGUGCUUCCAGGAGGAGACAUUCGGGCCGCUGGCUGCUGUUCACAAGUUCUCCUCUGAAGCUGACGCGCUGCGCAUUGCGAAUGAUUCCGAGUUUGGGUUAGCUGCGUAUGUGUUUUCGCGGGACAUGGGGCGGUGCUUCACGGUGGCGGAGGGGCUACAGGCGGGGAUUGUGGGGGUGAAUGAGAGCGCGAUCAGUACUGAGGUGGCGCCGUUCGGCGGGGUGAAGCAGUCGGGCAUGGGGCGCGAGGGAUCGCGGUAUGGGCUGCAGGACUACAUGGAUCUGAAGUACGUGUGCCUGGGGAACCUGAAGUGA